AUGCCCAAACCUGGUGAUUGCAGCAGCAGCAGCGGCGUUGGUGGGCCGAGCGCCGGGGACGCCAAGGACUUGCCCCAACUUUUCCUCAGGGUGGGCGCGGCCGUCACGCUCUCCGUCGCCGGGCUGCUCUUCUCGCGGCGCCAGCGGCCGCCCCGGCAGCUCCUGCUGCCGCCACCUCCUCCUCCUCCCUCAGAGUCGGAUGAUGCUUGCAGCAUGAAGGCCAGAACAGGGCUCAAGGAGCUGAGGAUCCUAAAAAAUGAGGAUACCAAGGCAAAAAUUAUCAGUGGGAACUCUGUGCACACGACCACUACCACUACGACAACCACCACCACAGCACUAGUACCAUUGGCUCCCAAAUGCAGAAGCCUUGCUGAUGAUGAAGGGUACCUCCUUCCAGAGUUCAAUGAAAUGGUUCUCAAUGAAUUUGGCCGAGAUAUAGACAGCAUUCCAACCACACCUGCAGCGAGAGUAAGGGAAGAUGUAUCAAAUGACCAUGAAGUCCACAAGCUUAGAGAUUUGGUGAGAUCACUGCAAGAAAGGGAGAAGACCCUGGAGCUACAGCUUUUGGAGUGUUACGGUUUGCAGGAGCAAGAUGCUGCAGUGAGGGAGCUUGAGAAUAAGCUGAAGAUUAACAAUGUCGAAUCAAAGUUGUACUUGUUGAAGAUUGAAUCUUUACAGUCUGAAAACCAGAGGCUGCAAACACAGUUGUCAGAGAACUCAAAGAUAAUCUCUGAGCUUGAGGCGACAAGAACAAAGUGCAAGUUGCUGAAGAAGAAGUUGAUAUCAGAUGCAGAACAGGCUAAGGAGCAAAUCACUUCCGUUCAGAAAAUGGUCGAUUCAUUGCAGCACAUACAGACUGAUGAGGAGAAAAAUCAUAUUGAGGUUGAAAAAAAACUGAAGAGACUAGAGGAGCUGGAAAAGGAGGCAACAGAGCUAAGAGCUGCAAAUUCAAGGCUGCAGCAGGAGAAUGCACAUCUUAUUAGGCGACUGGAGGUUACACGCCUACCCCCUGUACCCAAGCCCAAAAAUAGCAUGGAGGUAAAAGCAUUGGAGGAGGCUGAUCGAUUGAAGCAAGAAACUGAUAAGUUGGCUAAAGAGGUUGAACAACUUCAGAGUGACAGGUUUGCAGAUGUUGAAGAAUUGGUAUAUCUGAAAUGGAUAAAUGCCUGCCUACGGUAUGAGCUGAGAAACAAGGAUGCCCCAUCAGGGAAGACUGUUGCGCGAGAUCUUAGCAAGACCCUGAGCCCCAAAUCUGAACUGAAGGCCAAGCAGCUGUUAAUGGAAUAUGCCAAUGCGGGUGCAGAGGACAGUCACUUGGGCCAUGUCGAAUUUGGUUCAGAGUGCUCUUCCUCACGGGCUUCGUCAGGUGAACUGGAUGAUGUAUCAAUUGAUAUUGCUUCGAUGACAAAGCAUAAUAAUAAAAACCCAAAAAAGAAAAAGUUCUUCUCUAAGCUUCGGAAACUGGUGCUGGGAAAAGGAAAGGAGAACCGUGAAGUUUCUACUCUGGAGAGGAGAGUGUCUAUUUCAAGUUGUUCAUUCGAUGACUUCACUGGAAGGGAUUCACAUGAUAGCUAUUCUUCAUUCAUGGCAGAACCAAACAUACCUGAUAGUCGACGACAUGGUGAUCAUGGCUUUGGUACACAUUCUUCUUUGGACAGCGCAAAAUCUAGUCCUCUUGGCACAGAAAUUGUAGGUGAAAGAAGUGAUCAUUCUGGGGUCAAGAGUGUAUCUUCUAGAGAGGAAAAGGUAAAUGCAUUUGGUCCCAGCACUCGCCUUGAUAGUAGCAAGGCCAUACCUGAGGAUGUUGAGAUCCAUAAAUUUGCUGAUGCGCUGAUCACAUCAAGGUCAGGUUCCAUGUCAUCAAGAAGGUCGUCAUCCUUCCGACACUGA